AAAUAAAAUUUAAACUUUGACGUUUAAUAUGUUGUAAUAUUAUUACAUUCAAGGGUUUCGAAAAGGUACUAUUUAUCUAACAUCUGCAAGAAAAAUAUUUGCAGAUAUGAACUAUGACUUCUCAAUACAAAAAAUUCACUAAAUUAAUUGCAAAGUGGCCUAUAGAUAACAAUAAGGCAGAGAGAGACCUCGGGAAGUUUAUUCGCGAUAAAGUAAAAGCUGCAUUUGAAGGUGGAAAUUCAAAGAAUUUAGAUUCAGAACUUUGCACUCGACAAUUAUACUCGUUAAAUAAAAUAGCUGACAACCAUUACAGAAACAAGUAUAAGAGGAUUCAUGAUAGUUCCGCCACGGGAUUAAGUUCAGAGGAGUGCAACCUCGUUUUAUCUAGUGAAGUUCUGCAAUAUUUAAAAGAAGAGAAUAAGGGUUUUUUCAAAAAUAUCUUUAAAAAGGAUUAAACAUGUUUCCUCGUGUAAGUCGAAUCCAUGCAGUCCUAUCAAGACAUCAACUGCAUAUGAAAGCGUUAAAAUAUAAAGACCAUACUCCUGUUAUGAUAAAUGAA